AUGUCGUCUACCUACGAUACGCAGCCCACAUAUUCCUCAAAGAUCCUUGUCCGGGGGAGCGGGGAGUAUGAGCGAUGUAGACGCAACAAUCCGACCGCAGGUGCUCCAGAUCGCUUUCCCCGCGAGAUCCACGUUGCCCAGUCCCCAGAAGAUGUCUCCCGGGCCCUCCUGCGCGCUGCAGAGCUGGGGGUGGCAGUUGGGGUGCGGUCUGGCGGCCACGCGUUCAGUCUCGGAGCGCUCGUCCACGACGGCAUCAUGGUUGACACGGCUUGUCUGAAUCGCGAGAUAGACUAUGAUGAACAGACGCAAGAGAUCUCCUUCGGCCCAGCUGUGCGUGUGGAGGAGCUCUCGGCGAGGUUGGGUAGCAUUGGGAGGUUCUUCCCUCACGGCCACGCCCCUACCGUUGGGUCAGCUGGCUUCCUUAUGGCUGGAGGGCAGGGGUGGUUCGUACGGGGCUGGGGCGCGACUUGCCAGACCUGGAUCACCAAGAUAGAAGUGGUCGUUGCCGACGGCCGCGUCAUCACAGCCAGCAAAACUGAAAACCAGGACGUCUUUUGGGCAGCGCGAGGCAGUGGGCUGGCCUUCUUUGGAGUCAUCACCAAGUUCUGGGGCCGCACGAUCCCGGCCUCAACACUGUGGGAGAGGACGUUCACUUUUGAACUGCGCGACAGGUUCACGGAGUUGAUGACCUGGUUCGUUGUGAAGAGCAACGACACCCCAAAGUACGGGACCGAUCUGAAUCUGACAAUCCACUACCCGGAGAAAUAUUCAUCACCGACGGAAACGGACGAAAUACCCAAGAACUCGCGCCUGCACCUCGGCUUGAGCUUGCUAUGCUAUGCUGAUACGCACGGAGAGGCCAGGACUCUACUGAGUGCGUUCGACGACAUCCCCAUUGGCUUGCAGCAAUGCCUGGUGGAGAUGCGGCCGGUUCAAAAGCGAGAGUUCCAGGACAUCUUUCAAAAGAAGCGUGGGCUCAUUGGAGGUGCCAAGGAGGAGCGAUGGCAGAUCAUUAGUCUGCUCAAUGACCCCUCUGCCCCCCUUCCAGAGGCAAGAAUGACCCCUUUCUCUCCCAGCUACAUCACCUUCGGUUUUCCGGCGUUAACCCACGAGCCACAGCUUCUCGACGCGAUCAGACCCGCCUUGUGCGAUCUGCCGACUCGGAGGUCUUCAGCUUUCAUGUGCGUCUGCGAUAUUGUUCCAGACGAGGCCGAGUCGGCCCUAAGCAUCCCCCAGCAAUAUUACAUCUCCACCAUCACUGGCUGGACAGACACCAAAUUGGAGCCAGGAGUGCAACAAGUGAUGCGGGAUCGGUAUAGGAGGGCCCUGCCCGUCUCCUGCGGCACUUACAUCGCAGACUACGACACCACGUGUGAAGACGCUAAUGGAAAACCAAUGUCUGAUACGGCACUUGCUAAGUUCCUUGGGAUCCGGCAGAAGUGGGACCCAACGGACUUGUUUCCAAACUAUAAGAAACUCAUAAUAACACGGGACAAGAUAAAUCGGAAGGCUGCUCUGAAGGCAAAUCUGUAA